AUGUGCGGGACCAAGAAGUCCGUAGCCUACUUCGCCCACGACCCGGCGCACCGUCUGCUCCCGGCUGCCGUCGACGGCAACGACGAUGGGGGCGACGAGUUCACCUGCGGCGGGUGCCUGGUGGCCGGCGCCGGCCCGCGGUACCGGUGCGCGCACCCGGGCUGCGGCUUCACGAUCCACGAGGCGUGCGCGCGCCGGUUCCCGAGGACGCUCAGGUCCGCCGUGCACCCGCAGCACAGGCUGAGGCGGUGGACUAGUCCGCCGCCGUCGAAGCCACGGGGGCCGCCGCCGACUGCGAGGGCGAAGGCGACGGCCGAGGCGAGUGUUCUGGCACCUCAACAACUGGACCAGCCAUGCAAGAGGGACUGA